CUAGAAACCCUAACCGAUCCAGGGAGCGCAGCCAGCGACGGGAAAACUCACCGACGCCGGAUCUACGCCGCCUCGACGUCCGCAUCACUGCCACCACCGACGACGAAGGAGAUCCACUCCGCCACUGACGUGAUGGCCUCGGGAUCGUCUUCCGCCGCCCCUGCUGCUCCUUCCGUCGACGGAGCUUACUCGUUGAUGACGUUCAUCAACACCAUUCCACCACUCAAAGGGGACAACUACGUUGAGUGGAGGAAAAAGAUCGACAUGGCCUUCACCUUUGCUGAGGUGGACUGGGUCCUUGACACAGACCGUCCCGUCCAGCCCGUGCCACCUGUGCGGGCAACAGAUGAGACAGAUGAUGCAUGGCAGAAAAGAGAAAGAGAGUUUGCUCCCAUCCAGAUGUCUUAUGACCUUGAAAAGAAAAAGUGGGAAUCAGCAAACAAGAAAUGUAAAACGCUUGUACAGAACACGAUGGAGUCUCACAUAUCAGAUUCCAUUCCAGUAGUAGACAGCGUUAAAGAUUACCUAGAUACUAUAAAGAGGCAGUUUACUGGCUCUACAAAAACGUAUGCAACAGAAAUGAUCAAAGAACUGAUCUCACAGAAAUAUACUGGUGGUGGCACUGGUAUUAGAGAGCACAUCCUUAGAAUGAGUCACUUGGCAUCUAAAAUCAAAAAGUUCAAGGAUCUCACCAUUACUGAUGCU